AUGGAGCCUAUCAAAUCCCUCGACCCUCUUCCGGACGAUAUACUCAACGUCAUAUUCGACCAUCUCCUCGUCUUGGCCAUCGACGACAAACCCCUCGGCUUGGCCCUGAUUCGCUCUUCCAAGCAGACGUUCAAACAAGCUUCUCCCUACCUAUAUCGUAAUGUCUCUUUGCACUCCCACAAUGCCUACAAGUUUUUCCUCGGGAUGGAGACAACGACACGACCAGGCGAGGCUCGGCGAUGGAACGAUGGGCUCUUCGAAGGGAGGAGCACGGCGGCGAGGCGGCUUGCCUAUCUGGGCCUGGUGCGAAGGGUGGAGAUACAAGAUGAGGAGGCGCAUUCGGCCUGUAUGGUGGCAGUGGCACGAAUGAGUUUCAACAAACUAGCCAGCGGACAUGGCAAAAGAAGCGAUGGUAUAGCCUUCUUGCCUAACCUGUUCUGGGGUUUGGACCCCGCUUUCGGUCCGCACGGUACCAUGCUGUGGUCUCAAGGCGCUACCAUGGGUAUCUUGGAACGCUUGAAGCUCGACAUGGACGAGUCUCUUGGUGAUCUCGGCCACCCGACAUACCUUGAGACCGUUCUCCCGGCAUUUGGGGACCUUCGUCGCUAUCGUGAGGCGUUAUGGUCCUAUUUCGGCUCUCUCCCUGUCCGACAGCUCAAGCUAUGUAAUUACGACAUUCGAGAAGAUAGUAGAGCAGAGUCUUUCAUAGAUAGUCUCUGCUUGAAGGGGCUUCUUGCGAAAGAGGUCACGCUGAUGUUGAAAGACACGAGCGCACCGACGACACUGGCGCCGGUGGGUAAACUCAUGCGAGACACAAUCCAGAAUAACCCCUUUUCCUCCCGCCCUCGCUUUACCGUCCGCAUCGAAGGCUUCAUACCUUCUCCGGGCGAGUCGCUCGAAACUGUCCAGGAGGAGAUCGAUAAUCUGGCGAGAACGUUGCAUGAAGCGAGUGAUAGAGUGGAGCCUGAUGUCAAGUUUAUGCUCUGUUGA